AUGGUGCUUGCGGUUGUGCAGUACCUCGACCACUGCCCUGCCACAACGGCAACAGAGGCUCUGGUGGCUGGCGAGUGUGUCCUGCUCGCCGCCGCCCAGCUCGCCGUCCCGCUCCACCGAUGGCUGGCAGCCGGUGGGAGUAGGGGCCGCGGCGAGGGCGCCAAUGGCGGUCAGAGCCGAACGGGCCAACACGGGCAAAGUGGCUCACGACGUCGCCGUGGGCCGAGGUCAUCGGUUUUGAUUAUCGGAUGGCAUGCCGCCAGUCUGCUCGCCGCAGCAGUGGCCGCCGCUGCGGGGGCCGGGCUCCACGGCCGGAGCCCGAGCUCGGCGGCGGCGUUGACCACAGCUGAUGCGCCUGGAGUCGACGGAUCGUAUGCGUUCUGGUGGCGGGUGGCGCUUCUCGCAUGGCUUGCCCACAUGGUGGGCCUCGCUGUCCCGGCGGUGUGGAUGCUGUACGCCUACGAUGUGCGAUGGCGGCUGGCGGCAGUGGUCGGCUCGGCGAGCCUCGCGCUGGCAGCGGUCGCCGGCGCUUCCCUGCUGGGCGCUGUGCCGACACUCGGCAUGCUGGCGCCGAUGGGGGUCUGCUGCUACGGCUUUGUUGCCUGCAUGUGGUCGCUCGUGGCGCGGCGGACGCGAUCAUGGCUGAUUUGGGCCGGCGUCGUCUCCUGCGCCGUCCUGGGCCUCAUCGCCUUUAUGGAGCCCCUUGUCGACUUUCGUGCCGGCCCUCCGCCGCCACAGCAAGCACGCUUCACCAACCACUCGCUCGCACGGCUGGUCUCUCUCCUCGUCCUUCCAGGCAUCGCGCUCGCUGGCAUCGACCUCGCCGAGCUUGUCGUCUUCCCCUGGAGAGGCUGGGGGCUGGGGCUGGGGGCGGUAGCGGUGGCGGUGGCGGUGGCGGUGCUGGCGGCAGAGGUGGCGGUGGCGGCAGAGGUGGACGGCGCUGAGUCUCUGCCUGUGGCCGGGACCUCGGCUGGGGCUGGGGACGGGAUGAGCAAGGUCCAGGUGGUGGCUACAGACGGGGCCGAGGAGGCAGUCGAUGUGGCGGCAGCGUGGCUGGCGAGACGAGAGGCAGGGAAGGCGGCGGCUGGCGAGGGAGCGGCAGGCGAGGGAGCAACGGGCAAGGCGGCAGCAGGCGGAGGGGCCGGAGAUGGCGGACACACGUCCAACUGGGCGGUCCUUGUCUGUGCCUCGAGGUACUGGUUCAACUAUCGGCAUAUUGCCAACACGCUCUCGCUGUACCGAUCUGUGCAGCGGCUGGGCAUUCCGGACUCGCACAUCAUCCUUAUGCUCGCAGAUGACAUGGCGUGCAACUCGCGGAACAUCGAGCCGGCCCAUGUGUUCAACUCGGGCUCACUCGACCUCAAUCUGUAUGGGGAGGCUGUAGAGGUCGACUAUCGCGGGUACGAGGUCACUGCUGAGGCCUUUCUGCGAGUGCUGACCGGACGGACGCCGCCGGGCACGGCCAAGUCCAAGAUGCUGCGCUCAGACGCCGGCUCCAACAUCUUGGUCUUUAUGACCGGCCACGGCGGUGACCAGUUCCUCAAGUUCCAGGACUCGGGCGAGGUGACUUCGGUCGAUCUUGCCGACGCCUUUGCGUCGAUGGCCUCGACGGGCCGGUUCAACGAGAUGCUGGUCAUGGCCGACACGUGUCAGGCCGACACGCUGUUCUCGGCCGUCACCACGCCAGGCAUUGUCACUGUUGGAUCGUCGGUCAUCGGCGAGUCGUCGUACUCGUACUCGGCGGCUCAUUCGCUCGGUGUCGCCGUCAUCGAUCGCUUCACCUACCACACCCUCAGCUUUCUGGAGAACCGGGUCCGCAACGCGUCGUCGCCGGCCACUCUUGCCGACUUGCGCAACCACAUCACACCGUCCAAGCUCGGCUCGACUCCGUCGUGGCGGACGAGCCACUACCCGCGCUCGCUGGCAGACGUGCCCAUUGCCGACUUUUUCGCUGCAGUCCCCGAGCUGGACUUUAUCGACGCUCCGUAUCCGCUCGACCACCUCGAGCCGUAA